AUGCUAACCGUGUUUGGAGAUCGAACUAGUUUAUCGUUCAGACAGGGUGAGAUCAUACAGGUCAUCACGCAGCUGGAGAGCGGCUGGUGGGAUGGAGUCAUCAAUGGAGUGCGCGGCUGGUUCCCCAGCAAUUACUGCGCCGUUGUGCAACGCCCGAGCGACGAAGCCGAAGACGACAGGAACGGCGCGGACGCAGACGAUGACCAAGAUGCGCAGUCGCUAGGCGGCACCGACUACACCAACUCGGACACGGAGUCGCUGAGCGGCAACGACACCAUCCUGCCCAUCGAGCGCAAUGGCGCCGCCAAUAGCAGCAGCAAAGAGGAGGAGGCCGCCUUCUGGAUACCCCAGGCCACGCCCGACGGCCGCUUGUUCUAUUUCAACACCCUGACGGGCGUCAGCACAAUGGAGCUGCCCCUGGAGUCGCCCUCGCCCAACGAGAGCGGCCCCCGCGACCGCGUCAAUGUCUUCAUACCAGAGUCGUCGAGGCCGCCGCCUGAGAUGCUCGCUUCCGGCUACAGCGUCGAGGACACGGACGACGAGACGUCGGCAUCCGAGUUUGAGGGGCACACAGCACAUGGCUCUUACAGCUCCAUGGUAAGCAGCGCGCCGGCAGCGCCACGAGCGGAAGCUAACCGAGCCAUACAGCACACACGACAGCGGCUGUCUGACGGUGUCUCGCCGGCUACCUCCAUGGAGUCGAUGAACGGCGGCUUCUCAUCGCGGUCUCACGAGCCCAACGGUAUGACGAGCUUCUCGGCUGCUGCCAUGCCCCCAAUCGGUACCACGGCCACCUCCUUCGCAAACAAUCCUACGGGCGGCCCGCCCACCUCUGUGCAGUCGCGCAAGUUCUACGACGACGUCAACCCCGUGCCGCUGACCUGGAACAGAAUGGUGGAGGACAUGCGCCGGGCGAUUGAGCGCUACAGACAGGCCAUCAACAACAGUGCCCGCUCUGAGUUUGUGAAACGGGCCGAGGACAUAUCAGACCAUCUGCGUCUGCUGCUCGCUGCAGGUUCUGGCACCACGGACAACCACUCUGGCAACCCCUCCAUUAUUUCCACCAACAAGGCCCUCUACCCGCAUUUCCGUGAAACCAUGUCCCGCUUCUCGAAAUUGGUCCUCUCCUCGCAUAUCGCAGCCUCUGAUUUCCCGCCACCGGAUUCGUACUCCAAGUGUCUGAAAGAGGCGGAUGGCGUGCUGAAUGGCGUGUAUGGCUUUGUGGAGGUGGCUCGGCAGCAGCGUGGAGAGGAGAUUCCUCGCCUGGUACCGGGCUUUGUUGUUGGCAGCAACAUUGGCGGAAGCUGGAAUUCGAACGGUGUGAACAUCCGAGACCCUAACUCGUCCACGUCCUUUAUAGAUCAGGAUGAUUACGACUCGUUCGUGGAGCCCACCGUCAAGCUGGAUUCGCGAAUCCUUGAGAGGUUGGAGGACAUCAAGAGACUUAUAGUGUCAAGUCUGCGACGACUUGAAGAGCAGCUGGUUGUUCGCGACAAGGUUAUUUCUCACCAGCGGCAUCAGGUGAUUGGCGACCACGUGUGUAACGCCGCAGUAAAGGUGCUCGAAGUGUGCCGACCGUGGAUCUCGACCAUUGAAUCGAUCAACCUGUCUUCGCUCGAUUCGCCAUUGCAAGCGCAACAGCUCAACGAGUUCAGCAUGCACAAGCAAAAGGCGUAUGAUAUGGUCUCAGAACUCGUCAUUGUGUGCCAAGGAGUCGCUGCACCCCUCGGGGACGAAUGGGCAGAGCUCCGAGGCGACUCGCUCGAGGACCGCAUCAAUGCUGUUCGGAACGUUUCCCGUGACUUGGAAGCAACUGUUGCUCAGCAAUAUGGACUUCUACAUGCUCUCUCCGACGCAGUGCCACUGGCAGACAUUAUCCCACGCACUGACCCACGAAGGAAUACUGACUCCGAAGUGCCUGGUCCCACUCACACUCGUGGACCUUCGUCUUCAGAAAGGCCAUUACUUGGAAAUAUGAACAAAUCGCAGACAUACUCUGAGGGCAUUGUGCUGGACGAAACCGAGAGGAAGCCAUCACGCCCGAACAACAGCAACAAGCCCAAUAAGUUUUUCGGCGAAGUGGUCCCAGUCUUCCCCCACAGCAAGUAUCUCAAGCUUGACCACGAAGGUGAGAUCUCAUACGAUCACAAAGUGGUGCCCCCUGCGUUACGCGGAGGUACUCUGGCAGGUCUCGUAGAACAACUCACACGACACGAUCGCCUGGACCCAGCAUUCAACAAUACUUUCCUCCUCACUUACCGUUCCUUCACUACCGCGGGCGAGCUAUUCGAAAUGCUAGUCAAGAGAUGGAGCAUACAGCCACCGCACGGCCUCGCCAAGGAAGAUUACCAGACCUGGGUAGACAAGAAGCAGAAACCCAUCAGAUUCCGUGUCGUCAAUAUCCUUAAGAGUUGGUUCGACAACUACUGGAUGGAGGGCAACGACGAAGAGGCUCGUAUUCUGAUUCAGAGAGUCUACAACUUCGCAAAGGACCAUGUGGCCACAACCAGUACCCCUGGAGCAGGCCCUCUCAUGACAUCUGUCGAGCAGCGAUCGCGUGGACCUGACAUGCCAACGAAGCGCUUGGUCCCCACCCUGAACGCGCAGACUCCACAGCCAAUUCUGCCAAAGCACAUGAAGAAGCUCAAAUUCCUCGACAUUGACGCAACAGAGUUCGCUCGUCAACUCACAACGAUCGAAUCCAGGCUGUACGGCAAAAUCCGACCGACCGAAUGCCUUAACAAGACGUGGCAGAAGAAGCUUGCUCCUGGCGAGCCUGACCCUGCCGCAAACGUCAAGGCGUUGAUUCUCCACUCUAACCAGUUGACCAACUGGGUCGCCCAGAUGAUUCUAACCCAGCAGGAUGUCAAGAGGAGAGUGAUCGUCAUUAAGCACUUUGUCAUGGUGGCUGAUAAAUGCCGCCAAUUGAACAACUUCUCCACACUAACGUCGAUCAUCUCAGCUUUGGGCACGGCGCCAAUUCAUCGUCUCAACAGGACGUGGAGUGCAGUAAAUCAGCGCUCCAUGGGUGUCUUGGAGAGUAUGCGCAAGCUCAUGGGUAGUACCAAGAACUUUGCAGAAUACCGCGACACCCUUCACAGGGCAAAUCCACCGUGUAUUCCAUUCUUUGGUGUUUACCUCACGGAUCUCACAUUCAUCGAGGAUGGUAUACCCUCGCUCAUCAAAAAGACGAACCUGAUCAACUUUGCCAAGCGAGCAAAGACGGCUGAGGUGAUCCGAGACAUCCAGCAAUACCAGAAUGUGCCGUACCCACUCCAGCCGGUGCCAGAGCUACAAGAUUACAUCUUGACCAACAUGCAAUCGGCAGGCGAUGUGCACGAGAUGUACGAGAUGAGUUUGUCCGUAGAGCCGCGUGAGCGCGAGGACGAGAAAAUUGCCAGGUACACACAGUACUUUUUCCCUCAACGUCCGCAGGCUGACUAA